CCAGCACCUCCCUUUCCCCCUGGAUAGCUCUUCUCCCCUCUGACAGGACCUCUGGUAGCAACUACACUAAGGUGGAAUGGAUAGCAGGGUCUUGAGCACAACCAGUAAUGGAGAGACAAAACCAAUGGGCCCAGGCAUGGAAAAGGCGGAGGAGGCUGGCGCCCUGCAGCGGGACCAGUGGAGCAACAAGAUGGAGUUCGUGCUGUCCGUGGCCGGCGAGAUCAUCGGGCUGGGCAACGUCUGGAGGUUUCCCUACCUCUGCUACAAAAACGGGGGAGGUGCCUUUUUCAUCCCCUACCUCAUCUUCCUCUUUACCUGUGGCAUUCCUGUCUUUCUCCUGGAGACAGCACUGGGCCAGUACACCAGCCAGGGGGGCAUCACAGCCUGGAGGAAGAUCUGCCCCAUCUUUGAGGGUAUCGGCUAUGCCUCCCAGACCAUUGUCAUCCUCCUCAACAUCUACUACAUCAUCGUCCUGGCCUGGGCCCUCUUCUACCUCUUCAGCAGCUUCACCACCGACCUGCCCUGGGGGAGCUGCCGCCACGACUGGAACACAGAGCAUUGCGUGGAGUUCCAGAGGCCCAGCAGCUCCGUGAACGUGAGCUCCGAGAACGCCACCUCUCCCGUCAUCGAGUUCUGGGAGAGGCGGGUCCUGAAGAUCUCGGACGGCAUCCAGCACCUGGGGGCCCUGCGCUGGGAGCUGGCCCUGUGCCUCCUGCUCGCCUGGGUCAUCUGCUACUUCUGCAUCUGGAAGGGGGUCAAGUCCACGGGCAAGGUGGUGUACUUCACAGCCACCUUCCCUUACCUCAUGCUGGUGGUCCUGUUGAUUCGAGGGGUGACGCUGCCUGGGGCCGCCCAAGGAAUUCAGUUUUACCUGUACCCAAACCUCACGCGUCUGUGGGACCCCCAGGUGUGGAUGGACGCGGGCACCCAGAUCUUCUUCUCCUUCGCCAUCUGCCUGGGGUGCCUGACGGCCCUGGGCAGCUACAACAAGUACCACAACAACUGCUACAGGGACUGCCUCGCCCUCUGCUUCCUCAACAGCGGCACCAGCUUCGUGGCCGGCUUUGCCAUCUUCUCCAUCCUGGGCUUCAUGUCCCAGGAGCAGGGGGUGCCCAUCUCUGAGGUGGCCGAGUCAGGCCCUGGCCUGGCCUUCAUCGCCUGCCCCCGGGCUGUUGUGAUGCUGCCCUUCUCGCCCCUCUGGGCCUGCUGCUUCUUCUUCAUGAUCGUCCUGCUGGGACUGGAUAGCCAGUUUGUGUGCGUGGAAAGCCUGGUGACGGCGCUGGUGGACAUGUACCCCAGUGUAUUCCGCAAGAAGAACCGGAGGGAGGUCCUCAUCCUGGGGGUGUCUGUCACCUCCUUCCUCGUCGGGCUGGUCAUGCUCACAGAGGAAGCACUGACCACCUGGCUGUGGGCACGGCUGAGGGGUGCUUUGGCACCACAGAAGCUGAGAGGUAUAGAAGUGUUGGGAUGGGAAAAAUCGCCUCUCCAGCAAGAUCCCAUGAGUUCCCAGGCAGCUGACCCACGUUCCAGGGACAGACUUCAAAGGCAGCAAGGGAGCCCUGGGGGCGGUAUGUACGUUUUUCAGCUCUUUGACUACUACGCAGCCAGCGGCAUGUGUCUCCUGUUCGUGGCCAUCUUUGAGUCCCUCUGUGUGGCGUGGGCCUACGGAGCUGGGCGCUUCUAUGACAACAUUGAAGACAUGAUUGGGUACAGGCCGUGGCCCCUUAUCAAAUACUGUUGGCUCUUCCUCACACCGGCUGUGUGCACAGCCACCUUCCUCUCCUCCCUGAUCAAGUACACCCCACUGACCUACAACAAGAAGUACCUGUACCCGUGGUGGGGCGAUGCCCUGGGCUGGCUCCUGGCUCUCUCCUCCAUGAUCUGCAUUCCCGCCUGGAGCUGCUACAAACUCAGCACCCGCAAGGGCUCUUUCAGAGAGAGAGUUCGCCAGCUCACGUGCCCAGCUGAGGACCUGCCCCAGUGGGCCCGAGCGGAACCCUCUGCCCCGGCUGUGCCCAGGACGUCGGAACUGGAGUCUCACUGCUAGGGGGCAGGCCCUGGGACAACGGGCCAGUGAGCCUGGCUGUGGGGACAGUUGCAGAGGGAAGGCACAGAAGCAGCCCUGCUGUGCUUCUCUGCCCCGCACCACCCGGGAUAGACAAGAUAAGAGGGGA